AUGAUAUGGUUUAGUGGUAAAAAAUUGGGUGGUGGGGUUGGAAGACGAUUGUGUAUGCCCAUUUACAGUGGUAGUAGCGAUAGUGCUUUUAAGGAUAAACAAUUUGUUUUAAAAAAAAUAAAUCAUAAGUACGAAAAUGUUUUACUAUUUGGAGAUGUAAAUAAAUUAAGAUCCACAGCAAUGGAACUCAUAAGAAAUAUAUCAUCCUCAGAUGAAAACAUGAAGGAGGGGUAUGCUAAUUUGAAAAUAAAAAAAUAUAUAAGCACUGAGGAAAAGAAAGCCAAAGAAUUAGAAGAUGAGAGCGAAGUGGAUCAUAUGGUUGCAGCGGAUAAUGAUGACACAGGAUACAGUAAUACAGCUGUAUCAAAAAGACCACAUUCAAAAGAUAAUAACUCUGAUAUGUCAAAGAAGUUAUCCUUUUGGCAGAUAUACAGCAUGAGAGUUAAAAAAAGUCUUCAUUUGCUAGGCCCUCAAGAUUUCGCUUUAAUUCUUCAGUCUUUUCAUUUGCAUAACAAGGACACAGGAAUCUACGUGUCAAGCGUGAAACAUAUCGAGAAUCAAAUUCCAUCGAUGAAUGGAGUUUCCUUUGUGAUAAUUUUAAACAUUUUAAGUGCAAGGUUGAAAAAAAAUAACUAUAACGAUUUCUUCCAAAAAAUGUUGAAUUAUUUGCCAAAUGUUUUAUACGAAUUGAACAUACGAGACAUGAACAACAUUAUGAGCUGCUUCCACAAUUUAGAAUUAAGUGACACAAAAAUAUGCGAUAUUUUUUAUUUGAAAAUUUUAUCAAAUUUGAAUAAAAUAGAAGAUAGUUUUACGUUAUCAUCCUUGUGUUAUAUUUUCUACAAGUAUAAUUUUGAAAAUUUACAUUUUUAUGAAUGCUUAAAAAGAAGAGGGUUGCAUUUACUAAAUAAUUUUGACGCGAAGCAGCUUUAUAAAUUUGUUUUUUCUUUGUAUAAAAAGAAUAUUUGUUUAAAAGAAAUAAUUGAGAAAAAGAAAAAUGACGUAUUCUCCUUUUUGCCACAUUAUAAUGAUGAGCAGAGAUUGUUCAUGUGUGAUUUUUUUGGGAUAAAAUGA